AAUACACACAUCGCAUUCACAUGCUUUUGCAGUUUUUAAUAUUGCUGGACUUCCGUUUUGGCAGGAGUGCGGAUUUCCCCGAGCGCCGAUUUAAUUAGUUCAGUCUAUGAUCCUGGUGAAAAGUGUGCACGAAUCGUUUGGUUUUCUCGCCCAUGGCAGUGAGCAUUCGCUUUUGCCCACAAAUUUACGAGGUCGAACGAGCAUUUAACACCCUCGCAACAACAUUUCGGUUCAAUCAAACGGAUAAAGCAGCCGUGUCCUGCAAGCGGACAGCAUCGCAUAUCCACUAUAUCCUGGUUUCCGCCUCCUCCGAGGCUGUACAUACUAUUUCGCUCCGCGGGCAAAAGGGAACUUCUUGAGGGUAAAUAACAAACCAAAAUAACCGUAAAUAUUUAAAAUAGACUCGCAAGUCUACGCAUUAAAUAAUACCAGCAGUUGGUAUAUUAUCAAACCGAGAAAUACACACGAGACGCGCGAAAACAAUAAAUUUAAUUCGAAAACUUUAAAAGCAGUGUGAUCUUGAAAAACUUAAAAAGCGACUGUCAAAAGAGAAAAUCUAUCACAAUUGAAGCGAUAAAGGAACUUAAGAAUCGAAAAAGACUUGAGUGACAGAAGGGAAUCCAAAAAAAAAAUACUAACCCCAGUGCAGAGUGUAAAAUGCCAAAAACUUUUGUGCGCCUCAACGUACAAAAAUUGUAAAGACGCGAAAACACGGUGGAGAAUACAAAUUCUCAAUUUCCGUUUUGAAAAUAGAAAUAAAAACCAGAUACAUAAUAAGAUUGGAAAACGAAAAUGCUGCCCCUUUCGUUGGCCACCGCGGAGGCCAAGCAGCUGCAGCGCGAACUGUCCAUCUCAGUGUCGCCCGCGAGUGGAGGAGCAACUGCAACCUCUGCCCACAAUGGAGGCGUCUCCGUCUCCGGCGGAAACGGCAAUAGCCUGCUCACACUGGCUCCGCGCAAGGAGGAGCUGCGCUUCCUGCCCCUCGCCUCCAUCGGCGGCAACAAGACCUGCAACAUCACCAUCAGCAAUGUCCAUACUCCCAUGAAAUCCAAACUGACGGCGGUGAACAUUGUGCCAAAUAACUUAAAGACCCCCGGAGGAGGAGGAUCUUCCAGUGUCGGAGGUGGACCUGCUCCCCUUUUCCAGCUAGUCCCUUCGGCCAGUAAUCCCAGCCAGCCAUUGGUGGCCAUUUUGGCACCCAAUCGCAAGACCACGCUGCUCGGAGGAACUUCAUCCAAUCCCCAGCCAGUGGUGAUUCGCUCCGGAACAACUUUGAACAAAAAUAGCUUGACCAUCCAUAGCAAUGGCAUGGCCACCAUGACGCCCCUGGGAGCAGGAGCCGCAGGAUCAGGAUCAGGAGCUGGAGCAACCACUGCAGGAGCACCCAUAACGCUAGUGGCCAAAACAGAGCUUCCACAGAAAUUGCAAGCGGCACCUGUACAGAUUCCCAGUUCUACGGGUCCGGCACAAAUCUCCUUGCUGGCCAAUCCCCUCAAGCCACGUGCGCCACUCAUACUCAGCAAGGUGGCGGUGGACAAGCUGCGUCUAAAGUUCAACCAGGUGAAGAACAAUCCCAAUUCCCUCGUUCUCCACAAGGCCAAUCAUGUGAAGAAGCUGGUGUCCACGGCAAACAGCGCUGGCGAGGAUAAGACCAGGACCUCCCAGAAAAACAACAACAAUAACAAUACUCCUAGACAGCUAAAGGCACUAAUUCCGGUUAAAGCCAUGCCCACAGCUUCGGAGGAGCUGCCCACCAACAACAACAUGAGCCUGAUUAAGGCCAAACCGGUGGCCAUGAAGGCAGUGCCGCUGCCCAGCCAGGAUAUGCCCACUCUACAGGCAGUUGCUAAGGCCACCACACCCACGGAGGAGGAGAAGGCCAAGCCCACACCAAAGCCCACUCCCAAACCGACUCCCAAAACCACUCCUAAACCCACUCCCAAACCGGUUGAGAUAGCCCUGAAUGGUCCAACUAAGGAGGCAAAGGAGCCCGUCCAUCUGCAGAAACCAGAGAAAAAGGAAGCACCCCCACUCCAGCCAGCUGUGGCCGAGGAAGUACCACAGUCACAGCCAGCAGUGGCCAAGGAACCGCCACCAUCCCAACCAGCUGUGCCCAAGGAAUCACCCAAGCUGCAGCGCUCCAAGUCCUUUGUGGCCAACAAGCCCGCUUCUCCACUGAUCAACAACGAGCGACGCCACUCGGUGGCCAUUAUGGCUAAGGAGGUGGAUGUGAUCGAGCAGCCCAGUGCUCCCAUCGAGACCAUCACCAUAGACGAUGACGAAGAGAGCGAAGAGGAGGAGCAGCAGCAGCAGCAGCAAGAAAAGGAGAAGCCCAAGAAGAAGGAGAUCAUAAUGCCCAUUUUGCCCGCAGGGAUAACCAUUUCCACCACCAGCCGAUCGACUGCCAAGCCGAAACCAGUCAGAAAGAACUCCUCCGUGACGACAAUCUCCUCCCGUACCAGCGGCAGCUCGUCCAACAGCAGCGAUGUGGAGGAGAUUAGUCCUCCGGCCAAGAGAAUUGAGGAAGAGCUGAGUCUACUGCCUGGGAUAAGCAUCAUCAAGGCGGAAUCUCUGCCGCUGACCAAGGAGGACUUUGAGCGCUCCCUGCGUUGCGAUGAGCAGCUGCCGCGCACUCCGCCCAAGUCGUCCUCCUCAGCCUCUUCCAGCGGCUCCAAUACUUCGGACACGGGAUCGCCGCCUAAAAUUGCCGACCCAAUGCAAUCACGUCCAUCUGUGAAAAAUGGCAAAAGAUCUUACGACCAUGAUGUGGUCCCACCUCCUGGCGCCAAGGCCAAUUCCCUUAGGAAGAACAUGAUGCAGAACCUGGGCAUGCUGAAGUGGCGCGGCCAGCAGCCGGCCAACUUGCAGAACUCCACGAUCCGAUUCGAGCUGAAUCAGUUUAACCUACUUCAGAUAAAUGAGCGCUGCCAGCCGCGCCAAGGACCAGCAGCUUAUUUCGAGAGGGCUUUGUACGAUCGUCCUGGUAGAAGGCCCUCGGGAAGCAUCCAUCCACUGCUCUACCUAUGUCAGCGUUGCAACUGCCACGGACCUGCCGCCGACUUUCUGGCACCACAUUACUGCUCCGUGGGCUGUGUGCGCCGCGCCCAGAAACGCCGCCUGCCGCAGAAUAACCAAAAGGAUAGCAAGAUGAGCCGCACCCAUGGGGAGCAGGCAGCAGGUACCGGGCCAGAACAGAAGCCUCUGGCCAACAACUACAAGUCCCAAUCGAAAUCUCUGGCUGCCAUACAGGAACAGCUGCAUCAGCGUUCCAAGGAGAAGGCUAGGAAGCCCUUCCGCUGGAGCGAGUACCUCAAGACCAAGGGCAAGGAUGUGGCAGCGCCCAUCCACCUCUUCCUCAACCCGUUCCCCAUCAGCCCCAAUUGUUUCGAGCGCGGCAUGAAGCUGGAGGCCAUUGAUCCGGAGAACUGCUCACUGUUCUGCGUGUGCAGCAUUGUCGAGGUGCGUGGUUACCGGCUGAAGCUCAGCUUCGAUGGCUACUCUUCCAUGUAUGACUUCUGGGUGAAUGCCGACUCGCAGGACAUCUUUCCGCCUGGAUGGUGCGAUGAAACAGCCCGAGUUCUGCAGGCGCCUAAGGAUUACAACUCGGAGCGCUUCAGCUGGAGCCGCUACCUGGUGAAGACUGGUGGAAAGGCGGCACCGAGGGCGCUCUUUGCUCACCUGAACAUGCAGUCGCAGACUGGAGUUCGUAAUGGAUUCGCGGUGGGCAUGCAUCUCGAGGCGGAAGACCUGAACGACACGGGGAAGAUCUGUGUAGCCACAGUGACAGAUAUUCUGGACGAGCGCAUUCGCGUCCACUUCGACGGAUGGGACGAUUGCUACGACCUGUGGGUUCACGUCAGCUCACCGUACAUCCAUCCAUGCGGCUGGCACGAGGGUCGCCAGCAGUUGAUCGUUCCGCCGGAGCGCCAGAAGUCGGCCUUCAAUUGGGACGACUACAUAUCAGAGGUCGGAGGAACGGCUGCCUCGAAGGAGCUGUUCACACCUCGUCAGCCCAUGGAGUACCAGUCGCGCAUGAAGCUGGAGGUGGUGGACCAGCGCAAUCCCUGCCUGAUUCGCCCGGCCACAGUGGUGACGCGAAAGGGCUACCGCGUUCAACUCCACCUGGACUGCUGGCCAACGGAGUACUACUUCUGGCUGGAGGACGACAGUCCGGAUCUGCAUCCCAUCGGCUGGUGUGAGGCCACCUCGCACGACCUCGAAACUCCGCCUGGCUAUCUGCAGACCAAGCCCCUGAUGCCCUGCGACGUGGAGGGAUGUCGUGGCUAUGGCAACGCCAAGCGUUUCAACCUCAAUGUCCAUGCUCUGCGGGAUUGCUGUCCGUAUGCGCCGGAGAAUUGGCGACAAUGGCGCUCCAAGACGGUGAAGCCGCCGCGCGUGGCUCCCGAGCAGAUCAGGCGGGGAUGGGCGAAGAAACCAAAGCGAGCCAGUUCGGAAGCCAAGCCGGCCAUUAAGGAUGAGGUCCAGCCGGAGAUUUCCCAGCAGAAGCCCGAAGUUAAGGCGGAAGCCAAGCGAAAGACGACGCCGCCACGUCAGGAGAAGGUUGUGAAAAAGCAGAAGAAGGAUGCGGAGCAGCUUCCCGAUGAGCGUUCCCUAGCCAUAGCCAAGUCCUUUGUGAAGGACUACGGACCACAGUUCCUUCAAAACUAUCGCCUCUGGCAGCAGAACAGCUCCUUCGACGUGGAUCAGGUGCGCACCAAUCCGCUGCACUGGACAAACUGGGAUGUGUACGAGUACAUAGAGCGUGCCCUGAACUCUGCGGAAAUUGCCAGGUCUAUCUUCGAACAGGACAUCGAUGGUAGGGCCCUGCUGAUGCUGGGUCGAAACGAACUGGACAAGUACCUGAAGCUCAAGGUGGGCCCGGCCGUGAAGCUCUACUCCCUGAUUGUCAAUCUGCGCAUCGCGGUGGUCUGCAAGUUUGAGACCAACACCACCGGACUGGCGAUCAAUGCAGAUGCGGCGACACAAAAGGAGAAAAAAAAGGAGGAGCCACUUCCUGCCGAGAAGCAGGAGCAGCCCAAAAGCAAUGGCUACAAGGUGGAGCACGAUCGGGAGCUUUCCGAGAGCGGGGACGAUGAGGACGUGGUGCUGGACAGCGACGACUUCCUUAGCGUCAAGCCAAGCAGCCUGGUGAUUGACGAGGACGCCGAUGCCGAUGGCGAUGGCGAUGUGGUGAUGGUGCCGCUGGAAGUGCGCAUGCCCAUGAGCACGGCUUCCUAG